UACAGCUUUCCGUCCAUGGGUUCUCUUUGGCCAAGCCCGUCACUGAACUGAAUGAGCCAAAUAGAUGGAGCCGAAGAAAACGUUGUCUUUGCAGGAGGCAAACGCUGUGGAAAGCUGGUUCAACUCUUCACUCGAAUUUGGUGCCCGGUGCUGAGCUGGGACUCCGGCCAGGGCAGCGUGGAGACGUCUGAGAAAAGGCAGGUACCUGCAGACAGUGAUCGAGUCGCCUCCCCUGCAACCAAUGGAGCAGCCGGAACGGCCCCCUCCAGGGCCCUUUUUCUGACCCUUCAGUUCCUCUGCAACUCUUCUCGGAGCCUCUCCAACAGAUCCCCGGCCUCGUGGAGCUGCAGGUACCAGAACCGGAGCCAGGACCCAGCAGCCUCUGCGCCAGCACCGAGAUCUCUGAUCAGACCUGUAACGUCCACCUCUGUCAGCACCAGCCAUUGCUUAAUGGGCCAGGAAUGAGGCCCUAAACCGGCCCCUCUUGCAUGUUUAUGACCCAUGCUUCUGAGCAGCAGAUGUCACCUCAGAGCUGUUGGGAUGUCGCCGCCCUGGUGAAAAUUGUCGUUGCUGAGGCUGUACGGGGGGAUUUUCCAUCCUUUAGCCUGAACUACAAAAGCAUUUGUCAUAACUAUAAAGGGAAGGGUAACCACCUUUCUGUAUACAGUGCUAUAAAAUCCCUCCUGGCCAGAGGCAAAACCCUUUCACCUCUAAAGGGUUAAGAAGCUCAGC